UAGGAAAACCGUCUCCUGUUCCAACAGAUAUAAAGUGGUGCUCAUGAUCCUCGAACCGUGACUCAGAAACUACCUUCUUUACACUCGAUUGAAACCACCGCUAGAACCCUUGUUAUCUUAUCCACCCCUUAAGCGCAGUAACGGAGCUUGAUAAGUCUUACUAAACCUGUCUCGACGCAUACAACUACAAUGGCGUCUCAAGACUCAACAAAAGUCCCCCUCGAAGUCGUCACUCCAAGGCUGAUCAUCCGCACCGCUGUCCAGUCAGACGCAGAGGCUUAUCUGAAUUAUCUCACGAAUCCCGACAACUUCCCGUUCCAGGAGCCCGAGAAGAACCUGACGAUGGACAGGCUCCGCACGCGUAUUGACAAAUUCGCCGACUUCACGAGAAAUGGCGAGAACGGCUGGGUCGUCAUUGUGCUCCGAGACACGAAUGAGUUGAUCGGCAACGGUGGUUAUAACACCUUUGAGUCCCUUGACCCCUCCGAGUUCCUCCCCGGGACAACGACCCUGCCGCCAGGGAAGAAGCGCAUGACGGACCUCGGCAUCGGCAUAGACCACAAGCACUGGCGCAAAGGCUACGGCCUUGAGGCACUCGAGGGAUUGGUUGAGCAUGCUCGGUCAAACUUGGGCUGCGAGCUGUUUAGGACCGAGACGGGCGACGACAACCAGCCAUGGAGGUCGCUGAUGCGUACCGCCGGUCUCGGCGAAUUUGAAGCUCGCAAUCAAGCCAGCUACGACGCCAGUCAGGAGGUCUGGGUGUGGAAAUUUGACGCGGGUCAUUGGAACCAGUCGAUGAACAAGCUUAAGGGAGAUGGGAAAUGGCUCAUUUAAACGCUUCGGUCGGACGUAGAUGCAACCGUAGUAAUUGGCCAAAAGAAGAAACAGUUUUCAGCCGCUUGACGUUAUCAUCAAAACAUCUUCACG